UUAAACAUAUAACAGUCCCUGCUAUUGGAUUAUAAACAUUCAAAAUAAACGAAAAUAUAUAUAUACAAAUUACAAAUAUCUAUAUAGAUUUAAUCUUAUCGCAAACAUCUUUUGUGCUAUUUUUUUCGUAAACUAUAUACAACAUCUAUAUAAUAAGUGAUAAUAUAUGAUAUACAUACAUUUUUUUGAAAAUAUUAUGUAAAUGUAGUAUUGAAUUAGAGCUCAAUUAUUUAAUGAAUUUGUAAAAAAGUGGUUUUACAAUGGUAAUUGCGAGAGUUACUUUGAUAGCUGGUGCUGUAACCAUACAAUUACUUCCACAAACUUCAUUAUUGCAACAAUAUAGAAAAAUUAGAGCCAGAUAUGACUUUGAGAAUAAUGAAAUACCAAUACGAAAAGAUAUUGAAAGAAGAUUUAAAGAAGUACUAGAUGAUAUAAACUUAGUAUAUAGACCAAUGAUACCAGAAGAACGUAUUAAAUUUUUUAAUGUUCAUGAUAUAGAAAUGUUUCAUGGUGGAUCAACGUACACAAAGUAUGGUGGCUUAGUUGGAAUUCCAGUGAAUUUUGAAUAUAAUGAUAUUGGUCAGAUAAAUAAUGGAAACGUAUCAAUUCAAUCUGCAUCACUUCAAUGGGAUGCAGAAGCUACCGAGGAAUUUCAUAAGUCUUUAAUACUCUCAGAAAAUGCUCAAAAAUUUGCUAUAGCUCAACAAAUUUUAAAAGUCGUAACUUUUGAUCCAAUAAUUAAAAGUUUUAAUGUAUUUGCAGAUGCAAUAAUAGGAAUAGCAGCUUAUGAGUUCCUUCGUUCAAAAUUAAAAGUUACCAAACAGCAAAGAGCUAAAAAUGCUUUAUGUAUGAGUAUUGCUGCAAUUGGAACUUUUAUUCUUACCUCAUCAACACAUAAUGAAUUAGAUUAUUAUAGAGAGACAGAAGUCAAUAAAAUAAUGUCUAAACUUGAUGAUAAAUAUAUUCAAGGUGGUCUGGAAUAUUAUGAAAAAUUAUCACAGAAGAAUAGGGCCUUAAGAGUACUAUUGGGAAGUAAGGGUACAUAUAUGUAUACACCUGUUGGAAAUCAGACUACUUGGUUUAUUCAAAAAAGGAUUCCAAUUUCUGAACAAAUAGAUUAUUUUAAAGAAAAAAUGCAAAAUAUCCAGUCACAAUUAGUGUAAUGUGUAUUGUUAAGAUUUUAUGUAAAUAAAACAAUCAUAAUAAAAUUAAUGACAAAUUCGGA